AAUUUUUAUUCUAUUUACUUUAGUGUCUGUGUCAGUGUUUUUCAACUGUGAAACUCUAAGUGUUCAAAUUGCAUAUCCUUGUUGGUCUGUUAUUUGUAACCGUGUUUUGUUUUUCUCGAGGUAAAAUGUUGAAAAUGCGCUCGAAAUUUCGCAAGAAGCUGCGGUGACAGUACCACUUAAAAUGUGACAGUUCAGUGAAACAAUAAACUAAGUAAAACUCAUAACUAACUCAAAACUAAUAAUACUCGAAAAAUCCUCGUAGUUUAAUUCAAAUGUGCCAACACUAGUGACCACAGAGUUAUUAUAUUAAUAGACAGGAUUAUAAAAAAAUAAAAGUGGUGUUUAAAGGAACUAUUUGCUAAGAUUUAGUGCGUCAGCUAAACAAAAAAUAUUUUAGUUUUAUAAGUGUGAUGCAAAACGAUUGAAAAAUGGAUUUGCACGCUCCACCGUUAGUUGUUCACGGGUAUGAACCUCACGCGCCUCUGCUAGAGGUUGAGGGUCUGGACCCCCACAGUCCACAGCAGAAGGUCCUCAUCCAUGCCCCGAUCCAGAGCCAGGAACUCAUCAGCACAGAUCACCGGAACGGAGAGUAUGAAUUCGCAGAUGAGCAGUACCACGCGCACAGCAGCAACCAGAGCGGAGAUGGUCACGGAGGUGUCAAUCAAUUAGGUGGUGUUUUCGUGAACGGACGACCUUUGCCGGACGUCGUACGGCAGCGGAUAGUGGAGCUGGCUCACAGCGGCGUGCGGCCGUGCGAUAUUAGUCGACAGCUACGAGUGUCACACGGAUGUGUGUCGAAGAUACUGUCUCGGUAUUAUGAAACGGGUAGUUUUAAAGCGGGCGUGAUCGGCGGCUCCAAGCCUAAAGUCGCGACUCCCCCAGUUGUUGACGCUAUCGCCGCAUACAAGCGAGAAAACCCGACGAUGUUUGCGUGGGAAAUACGAGAUCGGCUCCUCAGCGAAGGCAUCUGUAGCCAGGACAAUGUUCCCUCCGUUUCAAGUAUUAACAGGAUCGUCCGCAACAAGGCAGCAGAAAAGGCGAAGCACGCGCACAAUCAACAACAACAACAACAACAGGAGCAGGAGAUCAGUUCUGCGCAAGGCAGUGUUGUUUCUGUGAUAACCCACGCUGGUAACGCUCCUGGUACCACAGCCGUUCUGUCCCCAACCACGGAGCACGUCAACAACACCGGAAGCUACAGCAUCAACGGUAUCCUGGGCAUCGAACAGGUGGACGGUCUCCACAAUGGAAAUGGUUUGAAGAGAAAGAGACAUGAGGAUCAAGAUGAAAACAGAGACUUCAACAGCCAUUCAGAAGACGACGUUAAGAGACAAAGAAGUCAUUACAAUGGCGACCAGAUAUAUUCCAAUCUGUGGUCAUCAUCAAAAUGGAGUCUAAAAGACGAAUACAAGCUGCUAUCAGAGCUAGGAGGUGGUACCGGAUAUUACGGGGAACUGUUCGACGCUCCGUACGAACACCCUGCGCACCAUUACACCCCUCAUUCUGCGACGAACGACUCCACAGGAUCAACAGCAGCUGGUGAGCCGCCCUCAGCAGCUGGAAGUCCAGACGCCGCAGCGUUGGUGGUUCUGCAACCACCAGCACCACCCUACCCGCCGUAUGCUCAUUAUGAUGGUACAGCAACCCUUGCCAGUGACUAUGCGUAUGCGACGUCCUACUCUCAAUACUCUCCGUACGGAGGACCCUAUUCUCAUUCCGCUGCCACCGGCUUGCUGUCCAAGUGAUAUCAACGGGCGCCGUGCGAGCAAUAGCUGUCGGCAAGCCACAACGAAAAUAAGUGAUUAAGGACACUACGUAAAAUUGAAUUGUGAGAAUUUUAGUUUAAACAUUAUCCAUUCCUUUAGAAAAUCUCAUUAUAUGUAGAUAAAUAAAUUAAUAUGUACAAUUCGAUAAUUUUUAUUCUCGUUAAAGUUGUUUAUUUUCGAGGUCAGUA